GACUUUGCAUACUCAAAUUUCCCCUUUCUCUCUCUAGUUUCCCUGCCGCCGACCACCCAAAAUCCCCCAUUUUCACCCUUUUCCGAUCCGGAGUUUCGACUUACUUCUCUUAUUGUUGUAAUACAAGUGAAGAUUUGAGUAUUGUAGGUGAAUCUUACUCGGGAACUCACUAAUUUGAGUGGAGUCCUUCCAUUUUAGCAAAUCCCAUUUGCAUUAAUUUGAAUUUAUUUUUUUCAUUUUCUCGCCAGUGAGUGAUUUCUUGCCAAUUUUGGUAUCUGGGUUUUGCUUAUCUACUUUGCUUUGAGCUGGUUUUGUGAUGUGGGUUUUGCUAAUUAGCUAGUCUGAGCUUGUGUUCAGAAGAAUCAGAACUUUGUUCAGAGAUACUAGUUGGGUACAGAAAGCAAUAUUGAAUGGUAGAUUCGCAAAAAGAAGCGAGUAGAAAGUUUCUUAAGUAGAAAUGCUCUAGAUUUUUACAUUUUAGGCACUAGAUAAACCCUAGAAGAAUUCUAUUUCAUCCGCCAUGAAUGAUUGCGCGGGCUCUGGUGAAGUGAGUGUAUUGUCUUCUGGUGAUCAGACAGCUCCUUGUAAAGAAGCAGCAAAGAAAAAACGGAAUCUCCCUGGAAUGCCAGAUCCUAAUGCGGAAGUGGUAGCUUUGUCACCGAAAACUCUAUUGGCAACGAACCGAUUUGUGUGUGAAAUUUGCAACAAAGGGUUUCAGAGAGACCAGAAUUUGCAGCUUCAUAGAAGAGGUCACAAUCUGCCUUGGAAGCUAAGGCAGAGAGCAAGCAAUGAGGUGAGGAAGAGAGUGUAUGUUUGCCCCGAACCUACGUGUGUUCACCAUGAUCCUUCACGGGCAUUAGGGGAUUUGACUGGGAUCAAGAAGCAUUUUUGUAGGAAACACGGUGAGAAGAAGUGGAAAUGUGAUAAGUGCUCAAAAAAGUAUGCAGUUCAGUCUGAUUUGAAGGCUCAUUUGAAGAUUUGUGGAACUAAAGAGUAUAAAUGUGAUUGUGGGACUAUGUUUUCAAGGAGGGAUAGCUUUAUCACACACAGGGCAUUUUGUGAUGUUUUAGCAAAAGAUACUGAGAAAGCACAGAAUGCAGUUACAACUCCUAUUGCUGAUGAGGACCAUAAAGUUCAAGUUGUUGUUUCAUCAACACCACAAACACCUCCUACGCCCCCACCAUCCUCGGAGCCGCCAGCCAUUCCUUCACCAGCUGCCCCGGAGCCUCUACCACCUCCUGUUUCUCCGUCAACUGCUGUAGUGUCUUCUGAUUCUCCCAUCCAGAAUCCAGAGAGUCCACACACAAAUUCCAAUGGAACUAUUACUAAACAGGAUAUAGAAGAAACAACAGCAAAAUCAAGCUUGUCUGGAAUCUGCAGUAGUAGCUCAUGCACCGGAUGUACCAACAGCAACUGUUUUACAAGCUUGACUGGAAUCUGCAGCAGCAGUUGGAGUUCAAGCAGUAAUGGAAGUACCAGCAGCAGCAGCAUUUUUCCAAGCUUGACUGGAAUCUGUAGCAGCACUAGGAGCUCGAGCAGUAAUGGAAGUACUGGCAUCAUCAGCGUUUUCCCAAGCUUGUCUGGAAUAUGUAGCAAUAGUAGGAGCUCAAGCAGUAAUGGAAGUACCCACAGCAGCAGCAUAUUUUCAAGUUCAACUGGAAUCUGUAGCAGCAGCAUAUUUCCAAGUUCAACUGGAAUCUGUAGCAGCAGCAUAUUUCCAAGUUCAACUGGAAUCUGUAGCGGCAGCUGCAUAGUUUCAAGUUCAACUGGAAUCUGUAGCAGCAGCAUAUUUACAAGUUCAACUGGAAUCUGUAGCGGCAGCAGCAUUUUUGCAAGUUCAACUGGAAUCUAUAGCAACAGCAGUAGCUCGAGCUGUAACAGAAGUACCAGCGGCAGCAGCAUUUUUACAAGCUUGACUGGAAUCUGUAGCAGCAGUAGUAACUCGAGCAGCAACAGAAGUGCCAGCAACAGCACUUUUGCAAGCUUAUUUGCUUCAUCAACAGCUUCAGGAAGUUUGCCGUCUCAAGCACCUCAAUUUACGGAUUGGUUUCAGUCCGUGGCUCCUGCACCACCACCUGAUAUAGAACCACCAUCAUCUAUGGAACCAAUAUCUCUCUGCCUUGCAAUGAAUCAUGGUUCAUCAGUCUUUGGACCAGCUGGGCAAGAGAGAAUUCAGUAUGCUGCAGCACCACAACCAUCCAUGUCUGCAACAGCAUUACUGCAGAAGGCUGCUCAGAUGGGUGCAACAGCGACAAACUCAUCAUUGUUGAGGGGUCUUGGGAUAUUAUCUUCUUCUUCAUCGUCUAGUGGGCAACACGAAUGGAAUGGGAGACAAAUUGACACUGAUGGUGCAACGUUGGCUGCAGGCCUUGGCCUUGGAUUGCCAUGUGACGAUGGCUCUGGUCUAAAGGAACUGAUGUUGGGAACUCCCUCUGUUUUCGGUCCCAAACAUCCUACUCUUGACCUUCUUGGAUUGGGGAUGGCAGCUGGUGGAGGCUCAACACCUGGAUUAUCCGCUCUAAUAACAUCAAUGGGCGGUAAUCUAGAUGUGGCUGCGGCAGCAGGACCGUUUGACAGUGGAGAAUUUUGUGGGAAGGAGUUUGGAAGAAGUUCAUGAUACCAAAUGUGAAGGACCAUGAAGCUUUAGUUGACAAUUUGGCAAAGCCCAUUAGUGUAGGGAGAAAACGUCUUUGUUGUUGUAAUAUAGAAGAAACUCCUACUCUGUAUAAACUUUUCUACUCUUUAAUUUAUUCUAAAGGAAGCAAUUAUAUUUAUUUAA